CGUCAAAAGCAUCGAUCUGGUCCUCGUAUUACACAUUUUUGCAUUAUUUACUUUUUCUUCUUUCGGCUGUCUCCUCGAAGAUUGGACGUUAGAAGUCCUUUUUCAAGAAGGAUGUUGUGCUGGACGUACUUGUGCGCUUGCAUGUAAAAAGAAGGUCAAUGCAAUAUGCUGGCUCAUGUUGAGGCCAUAUCUGCAAUGUCAAUGUGAACAGAUCACGGAAGAAAAGGGGGCGCCGCUAUGUGCCUUGCUCUUUCACAAAAAUAUCGACGAAUUGAUAUUCAUUGUGCAGCAUAUUUGUUUAUUGUGUGUUUGGACGAUUUGCGCUUCGCCCGAGCAGUCGAUCUCCUUGCGGUCUUCCAACGCCCGCAGAGGUCGGGCCUAUCGUAUUUUGAUAAACAAUGCCACCCGUCCAUGCCUACCAUGACCCAUUCCAGGCAGAUUUACUUAGUACGACAGCAAAGCCACCGACCGCCAUGUCCUCUGUGCUGUUUAGUGGCGGGCUGCCCGGAAAGAGCAACAUCGACUAUCUCCAGGGUGGCUUCGGAACUCCUGCUCCUCGGGGUAUUUUGCGUCCUCCGUUCGUCAUCUUCCCCAAGCCCUGCUUGCUCUCUCCCGGAGUUAACACAACUUCCAUCGUCCACGAUAUGAUCGCCGGCUCGCUAUGGAAGCCCAAGCAACUGCCACGGGCAAACCUAAAUCUGCCGAAAACUCUAUUGCUCUGCCGCAACGAUUGCAUCGCCCUUCUGAUUACAGUUGUACCUCUGUCAGGAAUAUUUAUAUAUACGUUUGAUGCCCCUCAAGCAGAUAUCGAGAGGGAUGUCACACGGCCCAGUCAGUUACCUCCUGAGAGUAAGAUAUCUCGCAGGCCCUCCGAGGGCGAGGGUGACGCCGCCAUAUCGGAACACUGUACUUCUCAACAUCCUUACUUCCUGUGA